CUACCAAAAUCGUGGAGUGGAACAAAAAAAGAAAAAUGAACAAGAAGAUUUCGAGUUUGUAAGCUGCUUUGCUUGUCGCUUUUGAGUGACGAAUCAUUUUCUGAACAUUUUGUUUGUGAUCUUUAUAAUUAUUUUAAAAUAUUAAUAUAUUAACCCUCUUUUAAAAUGGCGGAAACAUUCGCAGCAGUGGAAGGAGGACAAGUUGUCAAGAUGGAGGUAGAUUACUCUGACACAUGCGACGAAAAAAUUCCGCUUUGCAAGAAAAUGGCUGCAGAAGGAAAGAUCCACGACGCUUUGGACGCACUUCUAUCUUUAGAAAAGCAAACCAGAACAGGAGCAGAUAUGGUAUCAACUGGUCGAGUGCUGGUAGCCAUCUGUCAGAUCUGCUACCAAGCCAAGAACUGGAAUGCGCUGAACGAGCACAUUGUUCUUCUCACUAAGCGUCGCUCGCAGCUGAAGCAAGCCGUCGCCAAAAUGGUGCAGGAGUGCUGCAUCUAUGUGGACGCCAUGCCCUCCAAGGAGCUCAAACUCAAGCUGAUCGAUACUCUGCGCACCGUCACUGAGGGGAAAAUCUACGUUGAAUGCGAACGAGCUAGACUAACUUACAAACUCGCGAUGAUGAAAGAAGCAGAAGGAAAUGUCCUGGAAGCUGCAAAUAUCAUUCAAGAGCUACAAAUGGAAACUUAUGGAUCAAUGGAAAAGAAAGAGAAGGUUGAACUCAUCCUCGAACAGAUGAGGCUCUGCUUAGCAAAGAAAGAUUACAUAAGAACACAAAUUAUUUCAAAGAAGGUCAAUGCCAAGUUCUUUGAAGACCCCAACACUCAUGAAUUGAAGUUGAAGUAUUAUAGGCUAAUGAUAAAGCUGGAUCAACAUGAGGGAUCGUACCUGGCUAUCUGCAAGCAUUAUCGCGCCAUUCUGGACACACCUGUGAUACAGGCCGAUGAGAAGCAGCGCCAUCUUGUUUUGCAGAACGUUGUUCUCUAUCUGAUACUGUCACCGUUCGACAACGAGCAACACGACCUCACUCACAGAGUGCUGCAGGACAAAACAUUGGCCGAAAUCACUACUUAUAAGGAACUACUGAACCUAUUCACGAACCCCGAGCUGAUCAAGUGGUCGGGUCUGGUGGAGGCCUACGAAAAGGAGCUGAAGUUCGGUUCGCAGGAUGUGGUCGCCACCGAGGUGUUCAAGCCGACCAGCGACGACGGCCAGAAGCACUGGAAGGACCUGAAGAGUCGCGUCGUCGAGCACAACAUCCGCGUCAUGGCCAAGUACUACACGCGCAUCACCCUCAAGCGCAUGUCCGAGCUGCUCGAUCUGCCCGUCGAUCAGGCCGAGGAGUUCCUCAGCUCCAUGGUGGUCAGCAAGACCAUCCUGGCCAAGACCGACCGGCCCGCCGGUAUUGUCAACUUUACCGCUAUCAAGGUAUGUAUUCAAGCUGGUAUUAUGUACGGUAUUAUUGGGGUGGAGCCUCCUCGUAUGCAAUGGGUAGUUUCUGGAAACACGCUAAUUAGUAAAUUGUUCCAGUUCUAGUGGUAGCUUGUUAAA